AUGUUAAUGAGGGCACUCCUUCCCAGGCAUUCGCCUGCUCUGCUUCCCUCUCGGCUAUGUCUUUCUGUGCGCCCUAAUCCACCCGCUGCUUCGUUCCAAAGCAGACCACUCUCCAAAUUUCCUCUGCCUUCAUCACGACGAAGCUUCCAGUUAUCAACUGCUCUCAGACAGAAAUGGAUUUCAUCUGAAAUUAUACUCUACGAGCUCAAGGAUCGAAAAAUAGAAAAAUGGGGCUGGGUUUUCUACCGGACCACAUAUGAAGACGACGAAGCGUGGGAUAUGUUUAAGCGGACCAUCAACCUUUCAGUGCGCUCAAUCAUUAGCCUUGACCCCCGACCAGAACUCAAUGAAGCCAUGUUUGAUCAACUCGAAUUCGUCUUCAUCGAAGACAAGGCAAAAUUUGAUGGAGCUUCCAAGGAGGAGCUACGCGCCCACUUCCAGCAAUGGGUGGCUAAUAGCUUCUCCGCUGAGAACCCACGCGCUGAUUAG